UUUUGUGAUUGCUUUUAUGCCCUUUGCCUUCUCUUUCUCCUAGUGCACAACAUGAAACAAUCACAUACUACAUUACAGCACCAGCAUUAUAAUUGGGAACUAAAAUUCACCUUAAGACAUUUACCACAGACCCUAAUGGUAAAAGGACCUGCACUUUUAUAGUGCCUUUCUUGUCGUCUGACCACUCAAAGUGCUUUUACAGUACUUGUCACAAUUACCCAUUCACACACAUUUAUGAUAGCCAAGGCUACCAUAUAAGUAGGACAUUCACACACAGCUCCCAGUGGCUGUGUUCACCAUCUUCCCCAAGGGUUCUUCAACAUGCGGACUGGAAGAGCCAGAGGUUGAACCACCAAUCUCCUUUUUAGUGGAUGACCCACUGUACCUCCUGAGUCACAGCUGCCCUACUCUAGAUCAAAAGUAUUCAUACAAAGUGAAAUGGAGAAAAUGAACUUAAAGGGCUGAGGAUGGUCUGGAAAUUGAGAUCCUAUAGUUUUGUUUUUUACUCCCCUAAGCCACAGCUGAAACAGAUGGCUGCUUGCAUUCAAAUAAAAAGAACUGUUGUGUGAAACUGGAGGAGAAAAGAAGAGAUCGAUCGAUUUGAUCUUCUUCUCUAACACUUUUUUUCUAACACAUUUCUCCCUGACCUGUAUUUUUUACGUUCUCUUUCACUCUCACUCUGUAACCCUCCGUCUCAACACAAAAAGUAAAAAUGAAAAAAUUAAACUGAAUGCAAAAUGUAAUUUCUAAAGCUAGUUGUGCACUAGAGUAUCAAGUCAGCAUCAUUUUUCCUCUGCUGUUCACAGUAAUAAAAUGCUCUCCAUGAUAGAUAACAUUCACUGCUUUUAAAUGACUGCUACGACACUUGUGGAACUUUGCAUAUAUGGAAAAGAUUUUACAAUGGGAGACCAGUUUGCUCAAAGUACAGAUGACUCAAGAAGGGAAAUGAUGAGUAGGGUGGCUGUGGCUGUGACAGAGGCUGUACAUGCAGUGGUGUGUUACAGGUGAGAAAGACACAUACGAGCAGACUUAGAGAGGUCUAAAAGGGCGUAAGAUUGACGGAAAGAGAGCUUCCAUGAUGACACGUACAUCAGAGAACUGUGCCUUACCCCUGACAGCUGUCGUCGCCAUGCUGACCUGUGUGUUGCUUCAGGGGGCCCAGGCAGGAGUGGUGGGGGACUUCAACCAUGUGGAGCGCUGUAAGGACUCUCUGUACAUGGGCACUCCACCUCGAGGGUACCUCAGCAACUCUUUUACGAAGAUCUGCCAGAGGUAUGAGGAUAAACCCCGGUACAUCACGUUGUAUGACCCCCACAAACACAUCCCCAUCUAUUCUGCCUAUACAUUCAAGAAGUCAGAUGGGGAGAAGAAGGUGGACUUCCCAUGGAUGUUUGAGCCCCAGCUGGCCUCAGAAAAGAGCAGCAGUAACAUGGAGCCCUUCCCCCAAUCUUCAAGCAUGCAUAUGAACUUUGAGGACACCCAGGCAGUCCUGGAGGACUACGCUGAUGUGGUUCAGUAUGAACGUGGCCAGCUAAACCCUGACGAGCAUCAGGCAGACCCUCUGGACAAAGCCUCCACCUACAGCUUGACCAAUGUGGUACCCCAGUUCAGGGAGUUCAACAUUGGUCCCUGGGCAGAACACCAGGACCUCAUUCGCAAACGUCUCAACAACUACUGCCGCGGCAAAGCCUUCGUUGUCACUGGGGUCACCACCUCCGGACACACAAUCCGUCGCAACAACCUGGACCGGGUGGCUGUACCGGAGUACAUGUGGUCGGCCUACUGCUGCACCGAGUUUGACCAAAAUGCUCCAUACUUUGUGCGCUACAAGUUCCCUGUGUUUGCAGCUUAUGGGCUGAACGAUCGUGUCAACAACCACAUGGUGGAAGUUCCUCUCAAGAACCUGGAGAAGUUUCUCAAAGGGAGGAUGGAUGUUGAUAAGAACUUCCAGAUAUUCUAUAAUGACUGUGUGCCAGAUAACUGAGAUAAAGUGGGUGUGGUCUCUGUUAUAAUUCAAGUUAAACCUGUGUUAGAAAUUUACUUUACCACUGUGAAAAGGUUUGGGGUUCUUGAAGCUAAAAAUAUACCUGAACUUAAGUUGUUUUGUCAAAUCAUAUACUCUGUAAGCAAUAAAAUGGGGUAUUGAUUGGAGCCUGGGUUUUCUUUUUAACAGCUGCAAACAAGCAUUUACUUAUACUUGACAUACUUGUUCUGAACUCUUAACACAGCAACACACCUACAUUAAAAAAUUAGGCAAAUAGUUGUUUUUAUGUACACUAUCUCUAUCAAAACACGGCAAACCAGACUGAACAUCAAACCAUUCUUUCAAAACACUGCCACAAUUUUUAUCCAAGAGGAAUAUAUAGUCAAUCAUAGCAUGACUUUCAAGGUACUCAUAGUUAGAAGCAUCUCAAAAACUCCAUUAUU